AUGAGGGUUCCAACUUGUAUAAACAAAAAUUGUUUAAAAGUAUACGAUAUUAAUACCAAGUUAUUUAAACAGUUAGAUGCCAAAGUUAUAAAAGCGUAUGAGUUUGAGAAAUGGCACCUACCGAUUCCAAAUACUCUUCAAGAAAUAUGCGUCGAAACUAUUGCUAAAAACUGGAUAGAUAAUCCGAUAUUGGAUGAAAUAGUUUUACUGGAAGACCGAUAUCUACUUCUCGAUCUCUUACCCGAAAACCUGCCUCUUGAAUUGACCAUACCCAGAAUUGCUGACGAAGUUUACUGGAAAAAAUGUUACCUCAAACGCUGGCCUAAGAAACGUCCAAAAAUUCAGUCAGAUCUUCCUCUACAUCACUUCGUCAAAAAUGGAAUUAACCAAAUCAAUCAAGAAUUUCUUCAAAAAGAAUUGUCAAUUGAAGAAGAUGUCUCCGCUAUUGAAAAAAGUAGUGUUAGAACCGCCAGCAAAUCUACUAGAUCGCGUUCAUCAAGUAAGGUAGCUUCAAGAAAAUCUAGUUUGAAAACUGUGGAAGAGGAAAGAAAAGAGGAAAAAACAUCAACAUGGAAGAAAUGUUAUAUUGAAAUGCACGUUCAAGAAUAUUUGGAGAAUUUGAAGCCAGAAAAUUAUGAUCCAGAGAAGAUGAAGAGCCUGUGUGACCUCUGCGGUUCGUUCGUAGAAAUCCUUCGUAUCGAUCAAAUGUUAUGUUCGGAGAAUUCUCCAAAUAAGUUGCCUCUUAAUGCCAUCGUAACGGGCUUUCAGAAUUUACGAGAACUGUCGAUAUGUUUCAAACAGACAUAUGCCAAAGAGAGUUUUUCUUGGAAAAUACUAACUACAACCUACCAAGACAUAAAGUUAUUUGCCAAAGGAUUAGAGCGGAUUCGAUUACAGACACUAAGAAUAACGAAUUCAGAUAUCGACUGUGAUAAAACCAUCAUCAUACUUAAAGCUCUAUUAAAACAUGACUUGGAAAUACUAGACUUUUCCUCCUGCAAAGUAGGCAACAGGGGAAUGAUUGGAAUUGCAAAAUUUAUAUUAGAACAUCCUGUAUCAGAUAUUUUGUUAGUCAAUAAUCGUAUAGGCCACAAAGGAAUAACAGCUUUAGCGUAUGCAUUGAACCAAAAGUCACAAAACGUUCAAAAAAUCAAUUUAAGACUGAACCAGACAUCAGAUGAAACUGGAAAUUUGUUGAUGAACGUUAUAUCCCAAAACAAUUCAAAACUAAAAUGGUUGUCGUUAGCUUCCUGUGGAUUAUCUACAAAUUUCGAAGUAUGCAAAUACCUAAAAAUUAAUAAAUGUUUAGAAUAUUUGGAUGUUUCCAAUAAUGUAUUAGGUGAAGAAAUAGGUAAAGAAAUAUUAAGUGCUCUGCAAUACAAUGGAACCUUAACAAAAUUGGACACAAGAAUGUGCAAAAUGCCAUCUUUAUUAGAUGCUCAAAUUCAAGCUGAAGUAGAAAAAAAUAGGUAUGGAAGAAAAAAACAAACAUGUACGGAAUCGAUUAUUGAAGAUUUUAAAUGGAAUGAGGAUAUUUUAAAGGAAAUGGACGAGAUACUUCUAGAAAGUAUAGAAAAUGUUGAAGAUUGAAAGUUUUUAAUCUUUUAUAUAUUGGAAAAAUGAUUUGGUUUUAAACUGACGGUUAACUGUUGGUUCCAAAUACCCAAAGAGAGAAGAGUUGUAGAGGAAAUCUACAACUUGUGCUCACAUUUCAAUAUUUUAAUCAGAAUUACCUUAAAUCACCUUAAAAAUUAAAUUCUCCAUCUCACCCCCAAUGCAGGAAAAAACAUGUAGAACCAAAGAGUAAAUUUUGAUAAAACUUUAUGGCAAUUUUUUUUAGGUAUUUAAUUGCCUUGUCUAUAUGUUAUUCAUAAUCAAGGGUAUUUCUUUUUUUAAGUUUCAAUUUCUAACUUCGUUUUUUGACAGUAUAAUGUUUUAUCUAAUGCACUUUCAGAACAAAAAAAUUUCUAAAAUAAUUGUUUUUUUAAUACUUCAAACCAUAGCAAAGUGUGUAUUAAAAUACCGUAUGAUCGAA